UGGAUUAAGAGUCCAGAAUUUACUAGUUAUGUUGGGCAUGAAGUCUUGCUGGCACGGUUACAGGAAGGUCGAAAAAUGUGCAAGGAUAUGGAGGAACUGCUAAGAUUAAGGGCGAUGGCAGAAGAAAAGUAUGGGAAGGAGCUGGUGCACAUUGCACACAAGGCCGGUGGUCAAAUGGAGAUAAAUACUCUACGAAUAGCCUUUGACAGUUUAAAGCAACAAUUGGAAAACAUAGGAAAUCUGCAUAUUCAGCUGGCAGUCAUGUUAAAAGAUGAGGUAAAACGCCUGGAAGAUUUCAGGGAGAGGCAGAAGGAGCAUAGGAAGAAGUAUGAAAGUGCCAUGGAUCGCGUUCAGAAGAGCAAGGUGGCAUUGUACAAGAAGACACUUGACUCAAAGAAAUACUAUGUGCAGAAGUGUAAAGAAGCAGAUGAGGCAGAGCAGAAUGCUGAAUGUGUAAACUCCGUGGGAAAUCAGAAGCAAAUUGAAAAGAGUCAGAAUAAGGCGAGGCAGUCCCGCGAUGCAGUGAAUGAUGCAGAGCAAGUUUAUCAGCAGAAUGUGGAGCAGCUAGACAAGAUUCGACAGGAUUGGGAACAAGAACAUAUCAAUACCUGUGAGAUGUUUCACCUGCAGGAGUGCGAUAGAAUCAACAAUCUGAGGAAUGCACUGUGGACGCACUGCAACCAACUCUCUCAGCAAUGUGUGAAGGAUGAUGAGCUGUACGAAGAGACUCGGAAGGUUUUGGAGAUGUGUGACAUUGAUGCCGAUAUGGACUGUUUCAUUCAGAAGAAAAUGACGGGACUGAAUCCACCCGCUCCCAUACAGUACGAGAAUUAUUAUGACAAGUUCCCUACCACAGAAAGUCGCACAGCGGCCUCUUCCAGGAAUGGAGGGAUGAUGAAAAGAUACUUUCCUAAUUUUUUGCAUUUACCCAACAGGAUUAGCCAUCUGCUACCAGGCCGAAACCCUAAAUCCGGUAGCAGUAAUUCUAUCAACAUGACAGAUCCACCUCCAGCAGAGGCUUUGUACGCCAGUGUUGCUGUUGCUGUUGUAAAGCAGGAAAAUCCAAACAACUACAGAGUGCUUUAUGAUUACACUGCUCAGAACAGCGACGAGUUGGAUAUAACCGCCAAUGACAUCAUCCAGAUCACGGCGGAGAGUGAGGAUGGAUGGUGGACAGCCAGUCGGAAUGGAAGGAGUGGGCUAGUCCCAAGCACCUACCUGGAGAAAGCCUGAAGACCUCGAAACCCGGUCAACAACGUGAACCCAACUUCAUGUUCCUUGGAGCAAACUGAGAGAAGCAUUAACACUGGAGGGUAGCUGGGAAUGUCCAGCAAGCUGUAUAACUUUAAAGUCUGUGUGAAAUAGUUGGGUGGGAACCUACACAGCUUAAUGCAGUAGAUACUGUUAAUUUGAUGUUCGGUUGUUACCCCUGUGGCCUUCACCUGCCUAUGUACCCUCACUUAUCGGCCAGUCCUUGUGGUAAUUGCCUGUGAAUUGAUGCUACAGGAGCCUAUUUAAGCUCUGCUUAUAUUGCUACAUGAAUAAUUUGUUCUAAGGUAUUCAAUCUUUGCACUAACCAAUCUCCCUGACCUUGAGGUAUCUAAUUAUUUUCUCAUCGUUCUGUCCAGUGUUGUUGGUAAUGUGAGGAAUGCAGCUUAUAGCAUUUGCAAUUUUGUACAAAGCUCCUUUCUCCUGUGGUUCAGCAGGUACCUCGACCCCAGAGGGCUCUGCUGGAUGAAUCUUUACAUUUUUCCCACUUCCCACAGCGAACACUCCAAACUGUGUUGGUUAAAUUACCAACCUGGGGCAGUUUGUGUCAUGAGGACAAAUGGAGAUUUUCAUUUUGGGCUGAAUUUGGUAUCAGUUCCCUAAAAUUGCUGCACCCUUAUCAUUUAGUUUGGUGCAGCAUUUUAUUGUUUAUCUCCCUUUUUUUUUUCUACCAGGUCAUCCCCUUCCUCCCCUGCUUUUCCUUGGUGAGGUUGAGGGGCAAAGAGCCAGGGUCCCUGACAAUGACUCAAUGUAGCCCAUUGCAGGGGAAACUCGAAUGUAGCCUCUGUGACCCACCAUAUCUUUUUUUAAAAAAAAUUUCCCUCUCUUCCAACCUUGUCCUCUCCCAAAGGCAACAACUCCUUUGCUGGGGGUCCAGACACAGAGGCAGCUUACUUGGAUGGUCCUCGACAUUUAGCUUGAGCUGAUCGAGCCCAAGAGGCAUCACAGUUGAGUUCCACUCUGUCCUCUCCCAUGAACCCCACACAUGCGCCUCCCAGAAGGGAUUCCUGGAUAGUGACAUAAAACAGAAACCCUUAGUCUUUUUUUUCAUUCUAUAAUCUAGGGAUGUGUGCCUAACUCCCAACUAUAGCUGAGAUGCACUGCUGCGUAUUUCCAACGUUUUCUGUUUCUAUUCCAGGGCUGUGGACAUACCUUUUUUUAAACAGUGAAUGAUUAGUUUUAGACAAGUUAAGAGUUGUUUUUAAAUGAUUUUUGGAGCAGUUAGUUUAGGUAACAAAAUUACACAUUUUGUACUUGUGCAGCACUUUCUGACUAUCUUGCUAUUACAAACUUUUGGUCACACAACAGCAAAAUUGCUUAUGGAGACAUUUAGACUAGAAAUUCUGUAUGUAAACAGUUGCCUGUAGUGGUGUCACUACAAGUUUUUGACCAUUAGGUGGUGCUAUGGAGUGAGUCUUCUCCCAAACUGCCUGCACAUUCUAUACUUGUAUUUAUCAACUGAGCAUGAACAUUCGUAUAUCUUAAAUAAAAGUGCAAUUGUACUGUUAAAUACACUGAAAUCUGUACGUUUGCUGAGUACAGCAGGUGACAAAUGCAGUCCUGUCAUCAUGUAUAGAAAAAGUUGCAUAUAAUUUUUUAUAUUUUGUCAGUGUUUAAGUGAGAGUGCCAGAGGAGUGUUUGCACAGUAAUAGAUUUCUAGUGAUUUUAAAAUAUUAAAUAUAUAGAUAGUUAAGGAACCAAACUAAUAUAUAGCCACAAAGCUCAUUAGUGUAAACUGUGGCUUUUAGUGCAAAAUUGUCUCGUACAAAAUUCGAAAUAAAGUUGGUUUAUGAACAAGU